AUGCCACCGCAAAGAAGUUUGAUAGCCGAAUUGUUGAGAAAACAAACAAAGGCCGAGCAAACGGAAUGUGAAUCAUCUUUAGGCCUACAAGUACAAGAAAGCUCAUACUACAAUCUUGACCUACAAGUUGGGGAUGAUGUUAAAUUGACGCAACCCAUCACCACCAGUUUUUCAAAUACCGGUGAUCAAUCCGCAGAAAACACUCAAAGGAAUACCUACCAGCACCCAUUAAAUAACACGAAAAUGAUAUUUCACGACUUCCUAAAACUAAGUGAUUCCGGUUCUGCUGAGCUACCUACCGGCCGUUCUCGCGACUCUCUGAAUUCACACGAUGCGCUUGAAAUUUUCGCAUGGAAUCAAAAAAAGAAAUGGGAGAAUCCCGGAGGAUCAAGCACGUUUGGGACUACAAGCGAAUAUUGUUACUGCUCGAACAUUAAUCAACCUUACUAG